GCCCUGCUUUACACAGUAUGGCCGGCGAUAUUAGCUAGCGCUCGCUCAUCGGUAUUCUCUGUAAAAGGGAAGACGGUAUAAUCACGAAUAAGACACCCUUGACUGCUAAAGAACUGAAACAAAUAAGUCAAUAACUUAUUUAGCACGGAUAAGUGAAGUUGAAAUAAACCCCAAACUGUAAUUUCUGUUGUUGGUUUUCUGUUGUCUCACGAUGGAACAGAACGGUGCACACUUCUUCGAAGGGACCGAAAAGCUGUUAGAGGUGUGGUUUUCCCAACGAGAUGAGACCAACGGAUCGGGGGACCUCCGUAACAUACCAAGGUUUGAGUGGGACAAACUUUUGGAGAAUGUGCAUUGUUUGAUCAUAAGUGUGACAAAGACUGACAAGCAGGAAGCUUAUAUACUCAGUGAGAGUAGCAUGUUUGUCUCCAAGAGACGUUUCAUUUUGAAGACCUGUGGUACCACCCUCUUGCUUCAAGCACUGGUUCCUUUGUUAGAGCUUGCCCGGGGCUACUGUGGAUUUGACACAAUUGAGAACUUCUUCUAUUCUCGCAAGAACUUCAUGAAGCCAGCCCAUCAGGAAUACCCUCAUAGGAACUUCCAAGAAGAGGUGGAGUUUUUGAACGAGAUCUUUCCAAAUGGGGCAGCCUAUUGUAUGGGACGUAUGAAUUCUGAUUGCUGGUACUUGUUUACUCUGGAUAUCCCAGAGAAUAGGGAGAGCAAACAGGCAGAUCAAACGUUGGAAGUCUUGAUGAGUGACCUUGACCCGGUGAUUAUGGACCAGUUCUACAUGAAAGAUGGUGUUACUGCAAACGACGUCACUCGUAUGAGUGGAAUUCGUGACCUGAUACCAGGUUCUGUGAUUGAUGCCACAAUGUUCAAUCCUUGUGGCUAUUCUAUGAAUGGGAUGAAAAAUGAUGGAACUUACUGGACGAUCCACAUCACUCCAGAGCCAGAGUUUUCUUAUGUUAGCUUUGAAACCAACCUUUCGCAGACGUCUUAUGAUGAUCUAAUCCGAAAGGUUGUGGAUGUCUUCAAACCAGGAAAAUUUGUGACCACACUUUUUGUGAACCAGAGCUCUAAAUGUCGUGCCGUAUUUUCAGCUGCCCAGAAACUCGAAGGAUUUAAGCGCCUUGACCGCCAGUCAGCCCAGUUCAACGAUUACAAUUUUGUUUUUAAUAGUUACUCCAAGAAUCGUCAGCAAAACCAGCAGAGUUGAGCAGUGAAAAUGAAGAAGAAACGUAAAAAGAAAGUUUGCUUUAUUACUGUUAAUACUGGCAGCUCACUAGUUGCUUAUAGUAUUGAGGGCUGUUGUCAAAGCUGCCAGGAAUAUCAUAGUUUAGAAUAUCCAAGCCCUCAGAGUUACACCAACAUUAGUUUAACUUCAUGUUUAAAUUGUAUGCGUUAUUGUAACAAUGACUUAGCUAUCUUGCAUGACUGCUCUUCUCUCUGUAUAGGUAUGCUAACUCAUUCUUGCCGUGACCUUGACGUGCAUGUAGAAACGUUCAACUUUCACUGUAUAAGGCUUUCCAGCACUCAGAUGAGAGCUUGCAGUAGCUUAGCAUGUCGAACAGCCUUCCUUCAAGUUUCUCCCCAAAUCCCACACAGACAGGGCUUUCGUGCUCACUAGGCAAAAACCCUGGUAUGACCAGGUGCUGCUUGUUUACUUGUAUGGUUACCAACAGUGUGUGUUUUUUUACUUUUUUUUUUUUAACAUUUAAAUUUCACCAUUUGAACAAAAGAGUAUUUAAAAAGAUAGCACUUAACAUAGAAUGGGGUUAAUUGGGGAGUGUGCAGGGAUACAAAAGAAACAAAAUGUAAUGGUUGUGGAAGUGAUCUUCAUUAUGUAGAAGCAGUUAGGCUGAUCAGUAAAGGAUUUUUGUUUCAUUAGAGCUGUUUUUAAAACAUCAAGAGAAAGCUAAAAUAUUCACCAGCCACAGUGUGCUAUAGCACAUUCAUCUGGCUCAGCAAUAUGAAAUUCAGUUAUUUGCAGCCUUAGACAUGAAUGGAUGCAUUCAGCCUUGGUUUAAUAAUUCUCUGUUUGAACUUCAAAAUUUAGAAAAAUUGUUAAUGUGUUAAUUGGUCUUCAUUUGGCUGUGAAGGAUGUAUAGUCUUAACAGUGUUUAAACUGAAAUUGUAAGGUUUCCUAUGAAGGGGACAGAAAGAAGUGCUUUGAAAUUUCUUUUUGUCUUGAAGUUUUGAAAAUGCUUUUCUGAACAUUUCAUAAACAAAUAAGAGAAAUAGAUACAAAUACCUUAUUCCGUCCAAAGGCUACAGAUGUUGAAAUUGAUGUACAGACUAUGUAGAAACGGCUGUUCAGCUUGAUAGGAUUGUUAUAAGCAGUUUCUCCAGAAGGUAUUAAUAUAUCUUCAUGUAUUCAUUAGGUAAUUUUUAACAUGUAGUUUUAACAAAUCAAAUUUCACUUUUCUAGAUACACCAUAUUAUGUUAGUAGUGAUCUUUUAGGUAUUUAUGUACUGAAGUUAUUUUUGGCUGGUUUAUAAAACUAUAUGACACUAAUUCAUUUUUAAGUUUCCACAUUUUGACAGACAUCUUAAAAUGCUUGUGACAAUGUAAAAAAAAAUCCAACAAGCUGAACUGAUUACCAUAUUACCGUGCUGUUCAAUAGAUCAUUACGUGCAAGCACGUAUACUCUGUAAUGACCUGCCUACUGGAGGCUUUGCCAUUUGAUAAAGUUGGGUUAAGCAAACUUGAGGGAUUUACAGCCAAACCAUCACAUUUUGAGUUUUUAGCACUCAAAGAGAAAAGUAAGCUCAGGUACAUGGUUGGAAACUGUUGUUGUCUUAGCAUACCAAAGAAA